AUGAUAGUUUGGGUUCAGCUUCCAGCACUUAAGGUUCAUUUUUACCACCGUGAGAUUCUUACUUCCCUGGGAAACCUCAUUGGCCGCACGAUUAAGCUCGACUAUCAUACAAUCAAUCGACAGCGCAGGAAAUUCGCUCGCUUGGCUGUGGUAAUUGACAUGUCCAAACACCUCGUUCCCCGCAUCUUCUUGGACGACCAAUGGCAGAAAGUGGUGUAUGAGAACCUUCCGAAGGUUUGUUUCGAGUGUGGAAAGGUUGGCCACAAAUCUGACGACUGCCCGUUGCUCCGACCGGCGACAACUUCUGUUCAGCUGACUGUUGCCGGCGAGCAAAGUCCGGCCAGCCCCGUUACCGUUGGGGAGGAGGAUCAUCCGGGAUUUGGGCCUUGGAUGCUAGUCUCCAAGAAAAGCCGCCGUAAUUCUAGGGAUAUGCCAAAGAAAGGUAAGGCUGAGCAAUCUAUGGAAAACGGAAAUCAAGGACAGGCAAACAAGCACGAGAAAGGAGGAGGCAGAAUUAAAGAUGGAGAUGCUCUCCCGUUUGCCUCUGCGGAGGCGAAGAAUCAUCCCUCCCAACGUGCACAAGAACAAGAAAGGAAAGGAAAUACUAUUCGAAGUGGCUGGGAAUCUUCGUCGACUGCAGGCAAAGGGGCUUCUAAAGGUAAGGAAGUUAUGCGGGCUGAUAAGGAGCUGGGUAAGGGACUUUUGGGUCCCGGCCCAGGGAAGGGACUGAACAAAAUCGGGGGGCCUCAGCCCACUCCUGAUUCAAACAAGGCUUCCUCGUCGGCCCAAGUUCCAACUUCUCCUAAAGGAUUGUCUUCCCGGUCAGACCUGCUUGACCCUCCUCAAGGCGAUGGGCCUGUGGCGGAUAAUGGGGCAGGGCCCAAUAAACAAUCACCUGUCCAAAUGGUUGUUGGGUCAAAUGGCACUAAGAUGCAAAUUAUUACAGUUCCAUCAUCCCCGAAGAAGAAUCGACAAACCGAGACCAGAUCCCCAUCGGCGGCGGAACGAACGAAAAACAAGAAAAACUCUCGGCGCCAGACUAAGAGGACUACCCCAGUGAAACUUCAAGCUUCGAAGGCUCUGCAGGUCUGGUCCCCCGUGAAAGAUAGAAAGGUCAAAGCCAAAGCUCGGAUGGCGUCUCUUACUCUUCAAGAGAUCAACGCCUGGACUGGAGUGAUGGUCAAAGCCGAAUCAAGUCUGAAACUUAGGGAUAAUUGUUUAGCCCCAACGGAGAAAUCCGCUUUGGUGGAUGACCCGGUCGCUGCCCCUGCCACGUCGAGUUAA